AUGGACCUGCCUCCUCCGAUGUCUCGACUGGAUGUUGAUGUGGAUUUGGGCUUCGCUCUCUUCUUCUUGGUCCUGCUGUGUUUGUUUCUGUUGGUUACAAUGGUUCGCUGUGCUCAGAUGGUUCUGGAUCCGUACAGCGCCAUCUCUGUGUCCACCUAUCAGGAGGAGCAAGUGGAGGGAUGA